AUGCCCAAGGGGCUUGGUGCAUUAUCUAAUCUCCAAGUCCUCAAGGGAUUUAUUAUUGGAGAUUUCAAGGACAAAAAGUCAUGUACUAUCAAUAAUUUGACAAAAUUGUCAAAGCUACGAAAAUUGAGCAUAUCCAUAAGUACGAAAGAAUUUCCAAUAGCUCUGCAGCUUCAUUUACAAAGAUUAAAAUUUCUACAGAAGUUGAAAAUAUCUUGGCCAGGAUGCUUUUUACGAGGUAAAACUAAGCAGCGUGAUCUAAAACUUUCUCUCUCAUUGGAACUUCCUUCAUCGUUGCAAAAACUAGAGCUUGAGGGUUUUCCUGAGAUAGAUACACCUGGUUGGUUGCGGUCUCACAAUUUGGAAAACUUGAAGAAACUUUACAUCAGAGGAGGACUAUUGUGUAAUCUGGGCAUAAUAGUAGCUACCACAGUUGAAAUGUUACAAUUGAAGUACUUGAGUAACUUAAAGAUGCCUUGGAAAGAUAUUAUGAUGUUAUUUCCCAAUUUGAUUUACCUGGAGAAAGUAGAAUGUCCCGGCCUCGAUUCCAUCUCGUGUGAUCGAAAUGGUGUUUGGAUGAGGACAGACAAUGGCAUCGAUGAGAAAUGCGGUGGAAGAAGCCACUGA